UUGUCCAGGGGGUGGCGCUGCCACUAACCAGCAGUACAUUGCCGCUGUGGGUGCCACCUCUUCCCACAGUGCCGGACACGUCUCUAUGAGCACCGGGACUGGCUGCUGGCAGCUUGCAGAUGCACAGAUAAUCAAUGUCAAGUGAAAACCAGGAAGCUCAGGAGGAUGAACUACUAGCACUGGCUAGUAUAUACUCUGAUGAUGAAUUUAAAAGGGCAGACACCGCUCCCGGAGGGGAAAUACAAGUGUGCUUGGAAUUACCCCCACCUUUUAAAAUAUCUGUGAAAAGUAAUUCUGAACCGAAAGACAUUACAGAAAGCUUUGAGAACACGGUUUCCUUCCUUCCAGCUAUUGUGCUGAACUUUGAACUCCCCGCUGCUUACCCGUCCACUGCACCCCCCAUCUUCACACUCAGCUGCAAGUGGCUUUCACCAAAACAGCUUAGUCUCCUGUGCCAGCACUUAGAUGAGCUGUGGGAGGAGAAUAGAGGAUAUGUUGUGUUGUUUGCCUGGAUGCAGUUUCUGAAGGAGGAGACACUUGAGUACUUGAGUAUAAAAUCACCAUAUGAAAUUCAAGUAUGCAGUAAUGGUUCCCAGAGCUGGAUGCAAGCGCCUGGAAAGAUGUAUACCUGCAGUGCCUCAGUCACACCAGAAAGAGGCUCCUGUGACAAAAGAGCCAUUCAGGACGUGCAGUCAGUGUCUGACUUGGUCAAAUACAUCUUGGACUUCAAUGAAGCUCAGCAGAAGAAGUGCUUUAAUAGCAAACUAUUCUUGUGCAAUAUCUGCUUCUCAGAGAAGCUGGGCAGUGAGUGCACACACUUUAAGGACUGUCAGCAUGUCUACUGCAACCUCUGCCUCAAAGAUUACUUUGAAAUCCAGAUAAGAGAUGGACAGGUCCAUGCACUAAACUGCCCUGAGCCAAAGUGCACAUCUGUUGCGACACCAGCACAGGUGAAGGACCUUGUAGGGGAGGAGCUCUUCAGCCGUUAUGACCGCCUCCUCUUGCAGUCUAGCUUGGAUCUGAUGGCCGAUGUCGUUUACUGCCCCCGUCCCAGCUGUCAGACACCAGUAAUGCAGGAACCAGGGGGGACAAUGGGGAUUUGUUCCAGUUGCCAUUACGCUUUUUGCACCCUUUGCAAAAUGACCUACCAUGGAGUUUCCCCUUGCAAAGUAACAGCAGAACUCACCCAACUUCUGUCCUGCCAUCUUCCAGCAGAUCCAGAAAAGCUCAUCUUAUUACGCACUGAGUAUCUGGAUGCAGAUGAUGAUGGCAAGAAAUUCCUGGAGAAGAGGUAUGGCAAGAGGGUCAUCCAAAAAGCAGUGGAAGAAAUGGAGAGUAGGGAGUGGCUGGAUCAGAACUCCAAGUGCUGUCCUCGAUGUGGAACUCAUAUUCAGAAAGUCGAGGGAUGCAACAAAAUGACUUGCACUGGCUGUCAUCAGUACUUCUGCUGGCUGUGUAUGAACUCACUGUCUAGAGGAAACCCGUACAGCCAUUUCAACGAUCCUUCCUCCGAAUGCUUCAACCAAUUGUUCUAUGGUACUCCAGGCAAUGACGUUCCAUUUGAUGAGGAAGAAGAGGACUGAGUCGUGGCUCUGUGACUGGAGUUGCUGCAGCUGUUUAGAGCUUUGUUGAUGCUGUUGAUUUCUUUCACACCGUAUUUAACGUCACUACAGUUACCACAACGAUGUCCUAUGCGCUCUUGUAUACUCUUAGAAGACUUACUGACAGAAACACAUAUUAGAAUGUUAAUUAUAAACGACUGCCCUUCUCUUUACAUUUACAAAAUAGUGACUGUGAUUUUGUUUGAGUUCCAUACAUUAGUAUGGCUUGCACUUCUCUACAUAAACAUUAUGUCUCCUAAUAAUAAGUUAAUUUAUUGUGGUACUAAACUGUAAAACAAAAUAAAGACACUUACUGCCCAAAUUUGGGCGACAGAUAUUUGAACACAAGUGUAAGGUUGCCUUUGCAUAUGAAGGGUUCUAUUAAUGAAGCAGUGAAAAGGGUGGAGAAGUGAGCCAGUGGAGAAGUUGCCCAUGGCAACCAAUCAGCAUUGAAGUAACAUUUAGAAUUUGCAUACUAUACACUUGUACAGAGCAGCUGAUUGGUUGCCAUGGGCAACUUCUCAACAGGCUCACUUCUCCACACUUUUCACUGCUUCAUGGAUAGACCCCAAAGUGCCUUGUGUAUGUUGUUUGCGUUUAAGUGAAAUUUACACUUUCAUUUAAGUAAAGAUAACUACUCUCUCCCCUCGUUUAGAGCACAUCAGAGGUUCCUCCUAUAGCACAGUGCAUCUUCCACUUUACGUAAGAGGCAAUGCAGAUAUACGCCAUGUUAGAGUGAUGCCGUUGGAAUGCUGAUAGUAGCAGCACGAUAUUGCUGAAACAGCACAUAUUUUAGCUUGCAUCUAAAUAGGGCUGUGCAUGAAAAUGCGUGAUGGUUGGGCUCCUGUGUGUAUGCGCGAUGUAUGCACCUGUGCGUCACACGAUCCGACACCAAUUGCCGCCACAGAAUUUUGGAAACAUAGACAACACAGGAGUUUCUGACUACAUAGAAUGGAGUACUUCAUGUCUCUGAGGUUUGGGAUCCCAUAGAGUGGGUAGGAGGGGGGGG